AACCCCCGCAAUUGCCCAUCAGUGACAACAUUGUUGAAGCAUUCCUCUACCUUUGCUACCCCGCUACCCACCAUGUCGGCAAGUACACUCAGUAUCAAUUCGACUUUUGACCUGCCAAAUUCGCAGUACAAAAUUCCAAAAAUCGGGUUUGGUGUCUACCUGUCCCCCAAGGACGUAUGCGUCAAGUCUUGCAAGAAAGCCUUUGAGGCAGGCUAUCGACACAUCGACACGGCGCAGUACUAUGCCAACGAAGAGCAGGUUGGGCAGGCAUUGGCUGAAAGCGGGCUUCCUCGCGAGGAUGUGUACAUCACGUCCAAAAUCAUGACUGCUGGCGAAGAUGUCGAGUCAACAUACAAAAUGGUUGUCGAAAGUGUUGAGAAGCUUGCUGGGAAAGAUGGCUAUGCGGAUCUUUUCCUCAUCCACACCCCGAAUGGAGGCAAAGAGGCAAGGAAGACCAUGUGGUUGGCAUUGAAGAAGGCCAAGGAGGCGGGAAAAGUACGAGACAUUGGGGUCAGCAACUACGGCAUUGGGCACAUUGAUGAGAUUGCGACCAUUGACAGCAAGGAUGCUCUCCCUGCUGUAAACCAGAUCGAGCUCCACCCUUGGUGCCAGCAACGUGAAGUCGUCGACUACUGCAAAAAACGCAACAUUGUAGUCGAAGCCUACUGCCCCAUUGUCCGCAACGAAAAGGCAAACGACGCAACGCUCGCCGCUAUCGCUAAGAAACACAACAAGGAACCCAACCAAAUUCUCAUUCGAUGGAGUCUGCAAAAGGGAUUCGUACCGCUGCCCAAGAGUGACAAUCCGUCGAGGAUUGUCGGCAACGCUGACAUUUACGACUUUGAGCUCGACAAGGAUGACAUGGCUACGCUGGAUGGGCUCGAUCAAGGCGCAGAGGGCGCAAUUGUCCAGGCCGUUAGCAAUUCUUAGAAGUAAAACAAACAAAAAAGACAAGUUCUACAGAAUAGAGGGCAGUUUUGAAGUUUGCAUCAACGCUCUAUACAAAAUGAUGAGCCUUUGAUUUCCAAGACCUUUUUGUUUCGGCACGCUGAUCAAGCUGGUCCGUUUAUUAUUUUUUUCCGAACGUUACGCGGGCUGGUACUAGAUGCUACUAGCUUUGUUUCUUAAAACGUAGAUUCAAACACCGCACUAUGA